AUGAAAUUUUCUGGUUUAAAAAUUGUGAGCACUAAGAAAGAGACUCCCCUUAUUGACAGAGAAAAUGGCGAAGUGAUCAUCAACUGCAUUUCCGACUUCCCCGACAGUCCGGAAAUGAACACUGCCCCUGGCCCCUUUUCAAUCAAAGCCAACGCCGAUGGAAAUCUGGAAAACCAACUUGGAACUGAACUCGGCCCGGCGCAGAUCUCCGCGUUUAUCGGAGCCCAACCUGUUGGCGACAAUAAUCGUCUGGGAAAACAAAUGAGGAUGAAUCGGGGAAACUGGCGCAUUGGCGUUUUUGUCUGCUCGAAUCCGACUUUAGAUCCGAGGGCAAAAGUGGAAGGAAUUGUCAUGUCGGAAUCCGCUUCUUUGAGGCCCCUUAGAUUUACGCCAAGACUCCGUCUUGGGGAUCCCAGUGCGAUUCUAGAGGUCGAGCUGACUGAAGAAAAUUCAAAUCGAGAUCAAGAAAACAUUCGCUGGGGCCACACAAUCGUCUGCGAUCCCCUUGAUACUUCUCCAACAAUGCAGCUUCUUUGCAACUUUCCGAUUCCAGAGACGUUCAAUCAGGAAGAUAGCACUGGAUUGACUCACACCAUCGAUGAUGUCGGGACGAGAAGUGGCGGCCAGUGGAUCACUUGGUUUGAUGAUGAGCGUAUUAACGGUCCGAUCGAUCAAAUUUGGGACGAAGCGAUCAUGGCACCAGUCGUGCAAAAAUGCCCUGAGGGCACGUGGGGACUCCCCAACGGCGUGGACGGCAACGAACUCGCCCCAGGCAGCUGCGAAAACGAAUGCCCUCCGUGUCGGAAUGGCGGGGUCUGUAAUGAAGAUCUCGGAGAAUGCGUCUGUCCCCCUGGCUUUACUGGAGAAACAUGCGAAGAAUUCUGCCCUCAGUUCAGAUGGGGGCAGAACUGCGAGCUGUUUUGUGAUCAAAAUGCUUUCAACUUUUUCCCAUGCCGAGGCAAAGUCUUUUGCUUGUUUCAUCCUUAUGGCUGCUCUUGUAUGACUGGCUUUAGGGGACUCGACUGUCGAAGAGGCUGUGGCGACGGAACCUUCGGUGCUGAUUGCGCGCAAGAAUGUCACUGUGCCGAGGGCGGUUGCAAUUCUCAAACUGGCAUUUGCAAUCAAGGCAAUUGCGCACCUGGCUGGACUGGGCCAAACUGUCAGCAGCCAUGCGAAGAUGGAUUCUACGGAGAGUUCUGCGCCGAGACUUGUGGAUUUUGCGAAGGAGGGGAGCCAUGUGAUAAAGAAACGGGAGAGUGUCAAGUUUGCGAGAUUGGAUUUCAAGCGCGUCUCUGUCAGGACGAAUGUGAGCUCAAUUCCUGGGGCCUCCACUGCAUCUACGAAUGCCACUGCGAUGGAGAUAUCCAGUGCGAUCAGGCAACAGGCUCUUGCCCUGGAAUCUGCGCUGCCGGCUGGUCCGGGCCAAGUUGCAAUUCGACCUGUCCAGCUGGCCAAUACGGAAACAAUUGCCAAGAGUUCUGCGGCUUUUGCGAAAACGACGAAGGCUGCAGUCAAAUUGACGGAGCUUGUGAAAGAUGCGAAGUUGGAUUCCAGCCGCCCCUGUGUGUCGAAGUUUGCGAUUUCGGAAAAUGGGGGGACCAAUGUGAACAAGACUGCCACUGUGCUGUUGGAGAAUGCGACCUGAUUACUGGCAUUUGUGACAGUAAACUGGGAGGAAAUGAAUAUGGCUGUGCACCAGGAUGGCUCGGAGAAAACUGCCAGGAGCCGUGCCCUAGUGGCAUGUGCGGGCAUAACUGCGAAACUCACUGCGGUGCUUGUGCUUCUGGAACUUGCGAAACAACCGACUGCUCUUGCAACGGCCCAUGUGUUCCUUUAUGGAGUGGGGAGUUCUGCGAGAUCGGACGUCUCUGUCAACCGGGAGUGUCUCCUUGCGUCAACAAUGCGACCUGCCGGCAAACUCCUGGGACGGAGAUUCGAGAAUGCAUCUGCGUCUUUCCCUGGGAAGGCGAGUUCUGCAACCGGGGCGGAUGCAAACUUCAGCCUUGCCAGAACUUUGGACGAUGCCAGGAUCUGGAAGAACUGGACGAAUUCGGCAAGGAUUACGAAUGCAUUUGCCCGAUGAAUUACAACGGCACAAACUGCGAAUUUUACUCUGGCCCGGCGAUUGGAGUUACUCUUGGGAUUAUUUUCUCGAUCUUUGUCACGCUCUUGGUGAUGUCGACGAUGACGACGAUGAUGCUGAGGAGGAGAAAUCAAAAUUAUAUUUCGACCUCGAUCGGAAACUCGCCAGAAGCGAUGAAAAAAGGACGACCGCUGAUGAUUCCGAGAAAUGAUGGAAUUUUGCUCAGUGAUCAAAAGAGCGGGAUGCACGAUCCUUACCGAAAUUCGAAUCGAGCAUCGCGCUCUAGAAUUCAACGAUUACCGCCAAUGUACGAUGGAGAUCCCGUGGAAGACUUCGAGUGGCAUGACAAAGCAAAACGAGCUGCGGAAAAAAUCGAAAACUCACGCGAUCUUGGCGCCCAAAGAAUUCGUCAAAUCAUUGAAAAUGAGUUCAACACCUGA